AAAUGAUUGCAGAGCUUCAAAUUGUUUUUAUUUUCAUGGUUAAUCUCAACAAUGUAGAUUAUGAUUAUUGAAUUUGGAAAUGAUUGUGAUUAAGCAGGGGAAACCAGGGUCAUCGGCAAUUGGAGGACGGGCGGGGUACGCCCGGCACAUUUUAACGAGAAUCUCAGUCGGGAAAUAAUCGGAUGGCACAAGCCCCGCCGCCAACUGAUUCUCCUCCGUCUCCAACUCCACCGUCGUCGUCGUCGUCGUCAUCAAAUUCAUCAUCUUCGUCACCUCCUCCACAAUCCUCACCACCACCGUCACCGUCAUCACCGCCUCCGUCUCCAUCCCCUCCACCUGCAUCUCCUCCACCUAAAUCUUCUCCUCCACCUACCUCCUCCCCGCCUCCACCGGACGAGUCCAAAUCACCACCGUCAAAAAAUUCAGAUUCUCCACCUCCUCCUCAAUCUUCCUCUUCCUCCCCGCCACCACCUUCUCCUCCGCCUCCAUCUCAGAACGGCGACAAUGGAGGAAACAACAACAACAACAAAAGCUCUCCACCGCCUCCGCCUCCAUUGUCCAAGUCCUCCGGUAAUUCGACACCGCCACCGCCACGAUCACUGAGUCCUUCCUCACGCGGCUCAUCAUCACAUUCUUCGCCGUCAAAUGACGGAGGCAGCAGCGGAAGUUCAGUGAAUGCACCCGUGAUAAUAGGACUCGUGGUUGCGGCAGGCUUUCUGCUGGUACUGCUUUUGGCCGUCUUAUGCUGCGUUUGCUGCAAAAAGAAAAAGAAGAAGGCUCCCCAACAUGACCAAAUGCCCUACUACGCCAAUGCUUCUCUCCAUAAAGGCGGGGAGUACUACAACAACGGUUCACAUCUUCAUCAAAAUUGGCACAAUUCGCCACCACAACAUACAGGCCAAGUCAAUUUACCCUCACCUCCAGGCGCUGCAGGUGGAGGCUGGCACAUGUCUCCACCGCCGCCGCCGCCAGCACAAGUAAGCAGCGACAUGAGUUCCGAUUUCUCCGGAGCGGGUGGUCCAGUCUUGCCUCCUCCUCACCCAUCCAUGGCACUGGGGUACAGCCAGAGUACCUUCACCUAUGAAGAGUUGGCAGCAGCGACAGGCGGAUUUUCUCAGGCUAACAUUCUGGGGCAAGGAGGGUUUGGAUACGUCCACAAAGGUGUGCUGCCGAAUGGGAAGGAAAUAGCGGUGAAGAGUCUGAAAUCUGGUAGUGGACAAGGGGAGCGUGAAUUUCAGGCUGAAGUUGAGAUUAUUAGCCGAGUACAUCACCGUCAUCUUGUGUCCCUUGUUGGGUAUUGCAUUGCAGGAGGCCAAAGGAUGUUGGUUUAUGAAUUUAUCCCCAAUGGCACCCUUGAAUUCCAUCUUCGUGGCAAAGGGCGCCCACCAUUGGAAUGGUCAAGCAGGGUUCAAAUUGCUCUUGGAUCUGCCAAAGGACUUGCAUACCUGCACGAAGAUUGUCACCCUCGCAUUAUCCAUAGGGACAUUAAAGGUUCAAAUAUUCUUAUUGAUUCGAGUUUUGAGGCUAAGGUGGCUGACUUCGGGUUGGCUAAGCUAUCUUCGGACAACUUUACUCAUGUGUCAACUCGGGUCAUGGGAACAUUUGGGUACUUGGCUCCUGAGUAUGCAUCCAGUGGCAAGCUAACAGACAAAUCUGAUGUUUUCUCCUUUGGUGUCAUGCUUUUGGAACUAAUUACUGGACGACGCCCUGUUGAUCCCACUGGAGAGAUGGAGGAUAGCUUGGUGGAUUGGGCUAGACCUUUAUGUUUGCAUGCCUUGGAGGUUGGAAGCUUUGAUGAAGUGGCUGAUCCUUCUCUGGAAGGUAACUAUGAUCAGCAUGAGAUGGCUCGUAUGGUGGCAUGUGCUUCUGCUUCCAUUAGGCAUUCAGCGAGGAGGCGGCCAAAGAUGAGUCAGAUUGUACGAGCACUGGAAGGUGAGGCGCAACUGGAGGACUUAAAUGAUGGAACAAAACCUGGGCAAAGUUCAGUUUUCAGCUCAAGCACUGGCAGCUCUGAAUAUGACAAUAGCACGUAUAGCUCAGACAUGAAGAAAUUCAGGAAGAUGGCACUAAUGGACAGCCAGGAAUACGCCAGUAGUGAAUUUGGGCAUACAAGUGAGUAUGGGCUUAAUCCUUCCACCUCAAGCAGCAGUGACAUAAGCAGGAGCAGAGCUGGAAGCCAGAGGCAAAGUCCCUGAGCAAGUUCAAGCCUCCAAAAUAAUUAAAAAGUAAACGGAACUAUGUGGUUUGCAGUUUUGACGUCUAGACAUCUAACGUCAGAAUGCCAAACCGAGAAUUCAGUUUUUCUGCUAAAAGUAACAAGCAUCUCUGGUGAUCCUUAGACAAGAUAUAUUUGCUUCAAGAAUGAAUAUUCCAGCUUCUAGGUGUGCUAGCUUGACCAGUAUCCACAAAACAAGCAGGGAAGGAAAAGAUGAUUGGUGAAGGCACAAGUUGUAACCAUCUUUCGUAACCGUAUAUGUUCACAAAGGAGUUGUCUGUAAACUGUGAUAUUUAGUAAAUUUGUAUCUCUGACUAAAAUGAUUAUACAGUUAUAAUAUAUAAUGAUCCUAUGUGCAUUUAUAUAG